AUGGCGCAAACUCUCGAACAGCGACGUGGCAACGCCAAAUUCGCCAGGGACCAGGAGGCUCGCAUGGGCAAGUCUGGCUCGCAAAUCAAGAAGCGCGAAAAGGCCGCCCAGAAGGCCACCAUCUCUCCCUUUUGGCUUGUUCUGCUCGCCUUCGUCGUAUUUGGCGGUCUAUUCUUCGAGGUGCUCGCCCGCUGGUGGGGUCAAUAA